UAUGUUUCCUGUUGCAGGUGGAAUGAGACCCCCUCAAGGCCUGAUUCCAAUGCAACAGCAAGGAUUUCCUAUGGUCUCUGUCAUGCAGCCCAAUAUGCAAGGAAUGAUGGGAAUGAACUACAGCUCUCAGAUGUCCCAAGGACCCAUUGCAAUGCAGGCAGGAAUACCAAUGGGGCCAAUGCCAGCAGCGGGUGUGCCUUUCCUGGGUCAGCCACCUUUCCUGGGCAUGCGUCCUGCAGGCCCACAGUAUACUCCAGACAUGCAGAAGCAGUUUGCGGAAGAGCAACAAAAACGAUUUGAACAGCAACAGAAGCUCUUAGAAGAAGAAAGAAAAAGACGUCAGUUUGAAGAGCAAAAACAAAAGCUCAGACUUCUCAGCAGCGUGAAGCCCAAGACAGGAGAGAAGAACAGAGAUGAUGCUUUGGAAGCCAUAAAAGGAAACUUGGAUGGGUUUUCCAGAGAUGCUAAGAUGCACCCUACUCCAGCAUCACAUCCAAAGAAACCAGGCCCUUCCUUGGAAGAGAAGCUCCUAGUAUCUUGUGAUAUAAGUGCAUCUGGGCAGGAACACAUUAAAUUAAAUACUCCUGAAGCUGGGCACAAAGCCGUAGUCCCAGGUUCCAGUAAGAAGUGUCCCGGUUUAAUGGCCCAUAACGGGGGUGUUGUAGAUGGAUGUGUGAGUGGUCCCACCACUGCAGAGGCAGAAAGGACUUCAGAUCAAACCCUGUCAAAGGAAGAGAGUGGUGUGGGCGUGUUUCCCUCUCAGGAGCCUGUUCAGCCCAGAAUGCCUCCUUGGAUUUACAAUGAGAGUUUGGUUCCAGAUGCCUAUAAGAAAAUUUUAGAAACCACAAUGACUCCAACUGGAAUAGAUACUGCUAAACUUUAUCCCAUUCUGAUGUCAUCUGGACUUCCCAGGGAAACUCUCGGACAGAUAUGGGCAUUAGCUAAUCGAACCACACCUGGCAAGCUCACUAAGGAGGAGCUUUAUACCGUUCUCGCCAUGGUAGCAGUAACUCAGAGGGGUGUUCCUGCCAUGAGCCCUGAUGCUUUGAACCAGUUCCCUGCAGCUCCCAUUCCUACCUUAAGCGGCUUUCCUAUGACUCUGCCUACCCCAGUGAGCCAGCCAACAGCGAUGCCCUCUGGCCCUGCAGGCUCCAUGCCCCUCACCCUUGGACAGCCCAUCAUGGGCAUUAACCUUGUUGGCCCAGUGGGUGGAGCUGCAGCACCAACUUCCAGUGGCUUCAUGCCAGCCUACCCCUCAAACCAGGUGGGAAAGACAGAAGAAGAUGAUUUUCAAGAUUUUCAAGAUGCUUCGAAGUCAGGAUCCAUCGAUGAUUCUUUCACUGACUUCCAAGAGGUGCCUGCUUCCUCAAAAACCAAUAAUUCUCAGCAUGGAAACAGUGCUCCCCUUCCCUGCAGUGCUCCAUCACUCUUGAUCCCACUUCCUGGAACUAAAGCCUCCACAGACAAAUAUGCAGUGUUUAAAGGGAUUUCCACUGACAAGCCUUCUGAAAACCCUGCUUCAUUUGGAGAAUCUGGUGAUAAAUACAGUGCUUUCAGGGAACUCGAGCAAACAACAGACAGUAAGCCUUUAGGAGAGAGCUUUGCUGAGUUCAGACCCACAGGAACCGAUGACGGCUUCACUGACUUCAAGACCGCCGAUAGUGUGUCACCCCUAGAGCCAUCGACAAAAGACACUUUCCCAUCAGCUUUUACCUCAGGAGCUGCACAGCAGACACAGACACAGGUGAAAACCCCUCUGAACUUAGCAGACCUAGAUAUGUUCUCUUCAGCAGAUUGCAGUGUCGAGAAACCGGGACCCUUUUCAGCUGCAUUUAGCGCGUCAAAGUCAGUCUCCACGCGACCUCAGCCAGCAGGUGCUGCAGCAGCCUCAGCAGCACUGGCAUCCGCUAAAUCUUGUAGUUUGGCAGAUGAUUUUGGAGAGUUCAACCUCUUUGGGGAAUAUUCGAACCCUGCAUCUGUUGGGGAACAGGAUGACUUUGCAGAUUUCAUGGCUUUCGGUAAUAGCUCCAUUUCAUCUGAGCCAAAAGCAGGUGACAAGUAUGAAGCCCUCAGGGAGGAAGUGAGUCCCAGCCCCUUGUCCAGCAGCACUGUGGAGGGUGCACAGAACCCACCUGCUGCGUCAACCAAGUACGAUGUCUUCAAGCAGCUUUCCCUAGAGGGAGCUGGACUGGCCAUGGACGAGUUCAAAGAGAACACUCCUUCCACAAAGAGUGACGAUGACUUUGCCGACUUCCACUCCAGUAAAUUUUCAUCCACGAGCUCAGACAAAUCCCUGGGAGAAAAGGCCGUGGCUUUCAGACAUGCCAAAGAAGACUCCGCCUCCGUGAAGUCUUUAGACCUCCCCUCCAUCGGUGGCAGCAGUGUUGGCAAGGAGGACUCUGAAGAUGCGCUUUCUGUUCAGUUUGACAUGAAAUUGGCUGAUGUGGGAGGAGAUCUUAAGCAUGUCAUGUCUGAUAGCUCUUUGGAUUUACCAACAGUUAGUGGCCAACAUCCUCCUGCUGCAGGAUCGGGCUUGGCCAGCGAGGAUGCUCUUCCAGAGACUCCCUUCCCAGCUUUUGCCAGCUUUAAAGACGUGAUGCCUCAGACCACUGAACAGAAAGAGUAUGAAAGCGGGGACUUCCAGGAUUUUACAAGGCAGGACACAUCCAUGGUGGACCAGAGCCAAGAGACCACAUGUCCAAGCCCAGCUUCCAGUGUGGCCUCUCAUGAAACCCCUAAGGAGGGUGCAGACGACUUUGGAGAAUUUCAAAGUGAAAAGCCCAAAAUCAGCAAGUUUGACUUCUUAGUAGCUAAUUCACAGAGCAAAAUGAAGUCCAGUGAAGAAAUGAUCAAAAGUGAGCUGGCAACCUUUGACCUUUCUGUUCAAGGAUCACACAAGAGGAGCUUGAGCCUUGGGGACAAAGAAAUAAGCCGGUCCUCUCCUUCCCCAGCCCUGGAGCAGCCCUUCAGAGACCGGUCCAACACUCUGAGUGAGAGGGCUGCACUGCCUGUCAUCCGAGACAAGUACAAGGAUCUGACCGGCGAAGUGGAGGAAAAUGAGAGAUACGCAUAUGAGUGGCAGAGAUGCCUGGGGAGUGCCCUGGAUGUCAUUAAGAAGGCAAAUGACACCUUGAACGGUAUUAGCAGCAGUGCCGUGUGCACAGAAGUUAUCCAGUCAGCCCAAGGCAUGGAGUAUCUUCUAGGUGUGGUGGAAGUGUACCGAGUAACCAAGCGUGUGGAGCUGGGGAUCAAAGCCACUGCUGUGUGCAGUGAGAAACUGCAGCAGUUGUUGAAGGACAUCGAUAAAGUGUGGAACAACCUAAUCGGCUUCAUGUCACUUGCCACACUCACACCAGAUGAGAAUUCACUGGAUUUUUCCUCCUGUAUGUUACGGCCUGGGAUCAAAAAUGCCCAGGAGCUGGCUUGUGGAGUGUGUCUCUUAAAUGUGGACUCCAGGAGCCGGGCAUUCAACUCGGAGACUGACAGUUUCAAGCUGGCCUAUGGAGGACACCAGUACCAUGCCAGCUGUGCCAACUUCUGGAUCAACUGUGUUGAGCCCAAGCCUCCUGGCCUCCUCUUGCCAGAUCUGCUCUGAAAAGCUGCUCAAUGAAGCUGAUUUUUGCUUGUUUCUGUCACAGGACUUAGGGUGUCAGGGAUCAAUAAAUAGAAUGCAAGUACUGCAAAUUCCCCUUCCACCGGUCUCUCUGAAGCAUUCCCCAGGAGGUUAGGAUCCUACCAGAAACCUUCUGUCACUGCUUCUGCCUGUCCCUCUUUGAGACUUAAGGUAAAUUGCUAGACCCAGACUGCACGUGGCACUGGACACUUGCUUGCUUAUCUCCUCUGGUUUUGUUGUUGUUGUUUGAUGGUGACAUUGGUUUGAUUUUCUUUUUUAAGGAUAGGGCCUUGAUGCAUACCCCUGGCUGACCUUGAAUUUGUAUCGAUCCUUCCAUGUCUGCCUCCCCAGUGCUGGAUCACAGGCUUGUGCCACCAUACCCUGUUUCUCUUGUCCUCUUUAGAUAAUUUCAAAUGCAGACCAGAGUUUUCUACGAGGAGUAAUCUACUGCUGAAGUGUAUGUGAACCAUUAACAAGUGAAGAAAAAUAAGUCAUGCUAGGACUGGAGUCCGCAAGUUUGUCUCCAGCCGGCACUUGCUUAUAUCUCCAACAUUAUGGCCCUAGGAAGCAGAACACGUUUUUCUGCAUUUAGCUGUUAAAUACUUGAAGUGAAUAAAAAGGCUUGUGAUUAAACUGAUGCUCUGUCCUGGUAAAGAGAACACUGCUGUCUCCAUGGGACAGCGGCAGGCAAGGAGGACACAUACUCACCUCCUGUGGCACCUCACCCUCUUCCCCUUCUUGAAACUCAGCUCUGAAGAAAGCCCUCCCUGCUUUGACAGAGCCCAGAGCCUGUGUCCAAGAUGCACGUCCUUCUCCUUGGAGCCUUUAUUGAGAAGCUGCUGCUUUACCUCAACAUCAAGCAUGACACAAAGCGUGGUGUUUUCCCACCAGAUAACAUCUAUGGACUGAAAUCUCUGUGUAGCGACCUCUCUCCACAUUCCCAAAGAAGACUGCAUAGGAGCCAGCACUGCUGGACUUGGCAGUACUUCAGGAGAGACCUGAGAAUGAACUCAGGGUGAGAGGGAGUUCUAGGCCUCAUGCAGUGGUUCUCAACCUUCCUAAUGCUGGUUCCCU